CAGCCCUGCCUGAGCAGCCCGAGUGGCAGCGGGGUCAGCGGGCUGCAGGAGCGCAGGCCACUCUCCCCCAGGGGCUUCAGAAUGGACUUGUGCCACCCAGACCCAGGGGAGCUGAGCAGCGGAGAGGCGGAGGAGCUGCAGAAGAUCAAAUGGCACCGGAAACAGCUUCUGGAGGAUAUCCAGAAGCUGAAGGAUGAGAUCGCAGAUGUGUUUGCCCAAAUUGACUGCUUCGAGACAGCAGAGGAGAGCCGCAUGGCCCAGAGGGAGAAAGAGCUGUGCAUCGGCCGCAAGAAAUUCAACAUGGACCCCAUGAAGGGCAUCCAGUAUCUCAUUGAGCACAAGCUGCUGACCCCCGACGUCCAGGACAUCGCCCAGUUCUUGUACAAGGGCGAGGGCCUCAACAAGACAGCCAUCGGCACCUACUUGGGGGAGAGAGACCCCAUCAACCUGCAGGUCCUCCAGGCCUUUGUAGAUUGCCAUGAGUUUGCUAACCUCAACCUUGUCCAGGCCCUCAGACAAUUCCUGUGGAGCUUCCGGCUGCCAGGCGAGGCCCAGAAGAUUGACCGCAUGAUGGAGACCUUCGCCUCCCGAUACUGCCUCUGCAACCCCGGCGUCUUCCAGUCCACAGACACCUGCUACGUCCUGUCCUUCUCCAUCAUCAUGCUCAACACCAGCCUCCACAACCCCAACGUCCGAGACAGGCCGCCCUUCGAGCGCUUUGUGUCCAUGAACCGUGGCAUCAACGACGGCAGUGACUUGCCUGAGGAGCAGCUGCGGAACCUCUUCGACAGCAUCAAGAGCGAGCCCUUCUCCAUCCCAGAGGACGAUGGCAAUGACCUCACCCACACCUUCUUCAAACCCGACCGCGAGGGCUGGCUGCUCAAACUGGGUGGUGGCCGCGUGAAGACCUGGAAACGACGCUGGUUCAUCCUGACGGACAGCUGCCUCUAUUACUUCGAGUUCACCACUGACAAAGAGCCCCGGGGAAUCAUACCCCUUGAGAAUCUCUCAGUGCAGAAGGUGGACGACCCCAAGAAGCCAUUCUGCCUGGAGCUCUGCAACCCCAGCUGCCGGGGCCAGAAGAUAAAGGCCUGCAAGACUGACGGCGAUGGUAAAGUGGUGGAGGGCAAGCACGAGUCUUACCGGAUCUCAGCCUCCAGCGCUGAGGAGCGGGACCAAUGGAUCGAAGCCAUUCGAGCCAGCAUCACUCGUGUCCCCUUCUACGACCUGGUCUCUGCUCGGAAGAAGAAGAUCGCCAGCAAGCAGUGAGCUUCCUUGGAGGUGGUGCCCGGUGUCCUGCGAGCCCCAUGACCUAUGGUACCUGGAGACCCACUCCCACCCCAGGGCCCGCACACAUCC